AAGAAGAAAAAUAAAAAGGAUCAGUUUUCAGAUGAUAGUGAUGACAAGGAGAGUAAGAGUGGAAAGAAAAAGAAAAAGAAGAAAAAAUAUAGUAGCUCUGAGGAAGAACCAGUUAAACAUUCCAAGAAAAAACAAUAUCGAACAAAUUCAAAAUCUGACAGUGAAUCGCCACUAAAUGAUAGAAAAUAUAACUCUGAUAAAUAUCAGUCUAAAUCUGUAAAAGACUAUAGAGAGAGAGAUGAAAGGAGUGACAAUCAUAGAAAAAGAGAAAGAGAUGAAUAUAAAGAAAAAAGAAGGUAACAUUUGAUCUUGUUGUUCAAUUGUGGCAGCUGUUAAUAGAGUAAAUCCUACAUAAAAAGAAAAAUGCAAUAAAAUAAAAUAUUAAACAUAAAUGCA